CGCGGCCUGCAGGGACUCGUUGGCGGGCGCCGGCCGGGCGCGGUGACGUCAGGGCGGAAGCGCUCGCUGCGUGAGGCGGCCCGAAGCCGGCGGUCACGGGAGUCUCCGGCGCGCCGAGGACGCUGGGUUAGUUUCGCUCCGGGUUCCGGCUGCGUUGGGCGUGCGUGCGGCUCGCGAAGACUAUGGCGUCCGGGCCUCACCCGACCUCGACCGCGGCCGCCGCCGCCUCGGCCUCGGCCGUGCCCAGCGCCGGCGGCUCCAGCUCCGGGACCGCGACCACGACGACGACCACGACGGGCGGCAUCCUGAUCGGCGACCGCCUCUACUCGGAAGUUUCGCUCACCAUCGACCACUCGCUGAUCCCGGAGGAGAGGCUGUCGCCCACCCCGUCGAUGCAGGACGGGCUCGACCUGCCCAGCGAGACGGACUUGCGCAUCCUGGGCUGCGAGCUCAUCCAGGCCGCCGGCAUCCUCCUGCGGCUGCCGCAGGUGGCGAUGGCGACGGGGCAGGUGUUGUUUCAUCGUUUUUUCUACUCCAAGUCUUUUGUCAAACACAGUUUCGAGAUUGUUGCCAUGGCUUGUAUUAAUCUUGCAUCUAAAAUCGAAGAAGCACCUAGACGGAUAAGGGAUGUGAUUAAUGUAUUCCACCACCUACGGCAGUUAAGAGGAAAAAGGACUCCAAGCCCCCUGAUCCUUGAUCAGAACUACAUUAACACCAAAAAUCAAGUUAUCAAGGCAGAGAGGAGGGUGCUAAAGGAGUUGGGAUUUUGUGUUCAUGUCAAGCAUCCCCAUAAGAUCAUUGUUAUGUAUUUACAAGUCUUAGAAUGUGAACGUAAUCAAACCCUGGUUCAAACUGCCUGGAAUUACAUGAAUGACAGUCUUCGCACCAAUGUGUUUGUUCGGUUCCAACCCGAGACAAUAGCAUGCGCAUGCAUCUACCUUGCAGCUAGAGCCCUUCAGAUUCCACUGCCAACCCGUCCCCAUUGGUUCCUUCUUUUUGGCACUACGGAGGAGGAGAUCCAGGAAAUCUGCAUAGAAACACUUCGGCUUUACACCAGGAAAAAGCCAAACUAUGAAUUGCUGGAAAAAGAAGUAGAAAAAAGAAAAGUAGCCUUACAAGAAGCCAAAUUGAAAGCCAAAGGGUUAAAUCCUGAUGGAACUCCUGCCCUUUCAACCCUUGGUGGAUUUUCUCCAGCUUCUAAACCAUCAUCACCGAGAGAAAUAAAAACCGAAGAAAAGUCUCCAGUCUCUGUUAAUGUGAAAACAGUGAAGAAGGAGCCUGAGGACAGGCAACAGGCCUCCAAAAGCCCUUACAAUGGUGUAAGAAAAGAAAGCAAGAGAAGUAGAAAUAGCAGAAGUGCAAGUCGAUCAAGGUCAAGAACUCGAUCAAGGUCUAGAUCACACACUCCACGAAGACAUUAUAACAAUAGGCGGAGUCGAUCUGGAACAUACAGCUCGAGAUCAAGAAGCAGGUCCCGCAGUCACAGUGAAAGCCCUCGAAGACAUCAUAAUCAUGGUUCUCCUCACCUUAAGGCCAAGCAUGCCAGAGAUGAUCUAAAAAGUUCAAAUAGACAUGGUCAUAAGAGGAAAAAAUCUCGUUCCCGAUCUCAGAGCAAGUCUCGGGAUCACUCAGAUGCUGCCAAGAAACACAGGCACGAAAGGGGACACCAUAGGGACAGGCGAGAGAGGUCGCGCUCCUUCGAGCGGCCUCACAAAGGCAAGCACCAUGGGAGCAGCCGCUCGGGACACGGCAGGCACAGGCGCUGACGCCCGCCCCCGAGGAGCC